CGCGGCAAUCUUUCCCGCCAUGUGUUGUAGCUUAGCGAUUUAUUGUUACACUUCCCCGAAAUUUCCUCUCCGGCAGAUGACCACCACGCCACCGACGACGGCGACGACAGUGACUGGCGCGGAACCUAGCAAUGCAACGUCCGCAGCCGUUGCCACGGACGUGGCGUCGAUCGCGUUCCGAUGCGGGUUGUGCGAUUUGAGCGAACAAUGUGACUACCACGGACGACGGCCACCGUUCACCGGGAAGCUGCUGGAGCUGGCGGAAGAGUGUUACGUGAUGCGGGACCCAUUUGCGCCACCACCGCACGCCGUGCCCGACAAGCCGCCGUGCGAGUACUUUCUGGUGCUCGGUGCCGACUGCAACCUCUGCCGGCAGCCGGUGUGUAAAGCGCCCGACUGUAGCUUCUUCUACGGGGCCACCUUCUGCCGGAGGUGUUGCCACGAGCGGAUACAGGACUUUCCGCUCGAAGUAAGAAGUAAAAUAAAGAAACAAUUCUCUUAG